AUGCAUUGUACUCGCUGUUCAAAUCCUGAUUCAGAAUACAAGGUAGAACAAAUUACGCCGGUUUGCAAAGAUUCGAGCUUGAAAAUUCAGGUUGCAACUCAAACCCCAAACCUGAAUGAGAUGCUUCAAAAAUCCGUUGCACGUGGUGGUUUUACGUGCAUGGGGGCUCACUCGACGUUUCUUGCAGAAGCGUGUGCCUUGGAUAACAACAUCUUUUUCUCUAAGUUUCCGGAUGAGUUUCUUAUUCAGAAGUCUUGA